AUGUACGCCAAGAAAGCACUUUCGGUUAUCGCCUCGCUCGCUCUUGCCGAGCAGGCCCUGGGCUUCAACGCUCAUCGUCACAUGCACGCCGACAAGCGUGCUCUCAAGGUCGAAAUGGUCACCCACUGGGUCACCGUAACUGUCACCGAUGGCGAACCCAUCCCGACCAGCUCCUCUUCUUUCACUCCCAUCCCUCCCGCUCCGGUUCCUUCCGUUGCCCAGCUUGUGGUUCCCCAGGCCCUGAACACCACCUCAACCACCACCUCAACCACCACCUCGACCACCUCGACCACCUCGACCACCUCGACCACCUCGACCACCUCGACCACCUCGACCACCGCCCCGGUCGUCGCCCUGGCCGUCCCCCCGACCACCGCCCCGACGACCACUUCCACCUCCAUCGUGGUCCCGACCCCGACACCUCCCCCGGUUGUCGCUGUCGCUGCCCCUAGCACCACUCUCGUUGCUGUUCCCAAGCCCUCCUCCCCUUCCAAGGUUCCCGUUAUCGAGCAGGCUGCCAUCGCCGUCCCCGCUGCCUCGUCCGCACCCCCUGCCAAGGUCUCUGCCGCUAGCUACAGCUCCCCUUCCACUGGUGGCAAGCGCGGUCUCGCUUACAACGAUCCCACCAAGGUCAACGCCUUCAUGACCGGCGCUUGCAAGGAGUGUUCGUGGGCCUACAACUGGGACUCGCAAGACAACGGCCUCUCUGCUUCCGGCGUCGAGUACGUUCCCAUGCUCUGGGGUCCCAUUGACACCCACACCGCUCGCUGGACUCAGAACGCCGAUGCCGCCAUCUCCCAGGGCUCGACUCACAUUUUGAGCUUCAACGAGUGUGACAAUGUCUCUCAGUGCAACCUCGACGCCGGCUCCGCUGCCGCCGCUCACGUCCAGUACAUGAACCCCUAUGCUGGCAAGGUCAAGAUCGGUUCCCCUGCCAUCACCAACAGCAACGUUCCCGGCGAGGGUCUCGACUGGCUCAAGUCUUGGGUUUUCGCUUGCGAUAAAGCCGGCUGCAUUUACGAAUUCUGCGUCACCCACUGGUACUCCCCGUGCGAUGCCGCCUCCACCCUCUUUGACCACCUCCAGUCGGUCCACGAGAUCUGCGGCGGCAAGCCUGUCUGGCUCACCGAGUUCGCUCCCUUCGGCAGCAGCGACCAGAUCUCCAGCUUCGUCCAGACCAACCUUCCCAAGCUGGACAGCCUCUCGUUCCUUGAACGCUACUCCUACUUCAUGGCCAGCGAUGGCGUCCUCACCUCCGGCUCUGGCCUCAGCGCUCUUGGUCAGACCUACGCCUCUGCCUAA